AGUGACUGCAUGUGAUUGGUGAAACGCAGGCAUGCGUAGAUUCUACUUUGAAGCUCUGUCAUUAACCAAAACAAACAUUAAUAGAUCGAUAAAAAAAGUAGCAAGUAGCGAGCUGAAUGUAGAUAAAUGGAACGGAGUAAAAGUAGCGUAGGGAGACGGAGGGGAUAAGGAUGAACGGAGUUGAACAAACUGAGUGUGGUCAGAGAGAUAUGAUCUACGAAUACGAGUCACGGCGCGGACUCGUACCCGCAUUCCUCCUGCAACUGUUUGUCAGAGUUCCUCCUCUGGCUGCUCGUCUGGACACGCCCCUGGGCAUGGCACACCCACGCAGCAACAAGGCUGCAGACAAUUGUGCAUCAGAGCACCAGAACUUGACGAGAGGGAGCGGCAUAAAAGCCAGCGGACCAAGGAGACAUUCCCCAGAACGUAGCCUAUCUUUCACAUGUCUUCCCUGUAGCCUGUGAUCUUGUCCUGCCUCACGACCUCCACCUGGAUUCCUGCUUGCCUCCCUCGACCCUUGACCUCUGCUUGAACUCAAACAUCGUUGCCUCUCUCCAACCCCCGACUGCCUGCCUCCCUACCGACUGCCUCUUCGCCUUGCCCCUUGGAUUCGACGAAAGAGUCACACAACACGCACCGACAACAACCCCUGGUAAAACUUACAUUGUUAAUUCUACACAUCGUCCGCACUCAUUCACUUGUGGUAGCAUACACACCCCACACACUCAUCAAGGUUUCAAAAAACCUGGUAAACCGCAGUUCUGCCUUGGUGUCGCCUCCUUCCCUUUGGCCGGUACAUAACAGAAGGGGUGGGUUUGUGAUGGUAAUACUGUGCAAUCUGUUGAGGAGGACAGUGUGUGAAAUGGUAUCGAAGGCUGAAGUAAGAUCUAAAAUGAUGAGGAUAUUGAGAAGACCAGAAACAGCUGCCAGGAGGAGAUUGUUUGUUAUUUUUACAAGUGCUGUUUCAGUGCUGCGUGCAGGAGGCGGAAACCAGACCGGAAUUGUUAAUAUAGGUUACUUAACAGUAGAUGGUAGUGAAGGUGGGAGGAGACAGCUUUUUCAAGGACUUUUUAAAUGAAUGGCUGAUUUGAAAAGGGACAAAUGUUAAUAAAAUUAUUUGAAUCUGAGCCUGUUUUUUUUUUUUUGCUUUUUUUCAAAAUUGCUGUUAUGGGUGCUGUUUUGAAAGCUGCAAUUUUGAAAGCUGAGGGAACAAUUCCAGUGGUGAGAGUAGAAUAGCUGAUAUUAGUAAUAAAGUGGAUUAGUGAGGGGAGGUAGAUUUUCACCAAAGCAGUUUGGAGGGGAUUUAAAUGACAGGUUGAUGGCUUUUUAAUGGACGUUAAAGUGCAUUGAUGUCCAACUGAGAAGGCAGUGAAAAACUAGAAAAUUAAUGGAUGAGGGAGGCAGGGAGGGUGAACUGUGGUUGUUUGUGAAUCUGGGUGAUACAACUAGGUCUUUGUGUGAGUCCCUUUGGUAAUCAUUGUGUCAAAGCAACUAAAUAGUUCAUCAUUUCUAUUUGUGCAGACAAUGUUAAAUGGACUUCAUAUUAAGUUGCCUUUACGUGAAAGCAAUUAAUCCACACUCACAACAUUGUCUUACAAUUGUUUAAAAAAACAUCUUCAAUAGAUCAAGUAAAUGCAGUGUGGAGAAUCUGGUCUACAAAAAAAGAUGGUGGACAAUUUUAAAAACUACAAGUCGAAGUUUUACCUACUUCUUGAAGGGGUCAUAAACACUGUUCGUAACAACAGCGUUAUUCAAUAAUGACGAAAGUAACACCGUUACUUUUACUAGUAACGAGUAAUCUAAUUAAUUACUUGAAGGUCUGUUACAAUGCCGUUAACGAUAGCAGGGCACUGGUGGAAGACUUUGUCACAUGGUGUGGAAAUAACCACCUACAGCUCAAUGUGACAAAGACCAAGGAGCUGGUUGUGGACCUGGGAAGGAGGAGGAGUACUCCUGCGACCCCUGUUUCCAUCAGGGGGGCCGAUGUGGACAUGGUUGAGGAUUAUAAAUACCUCGGAGUACACAUCGACAACAAGCUGAAUGGGUCAAAACACGCUGAGGCCCUCUACAAGAAGGGACAGAGCCGCCUCUACUUCCUCAGGAGGCUAGGAUCAUUUAACGUCUGUACAAAGAUGUUGAACAUGUUCUACGAGUCGGUGGUGGCGGGCACCUUCUUGUACGCCGUGGCCUGCUGGGGCAGCGGGCUGAGAGCGAGGGACGCUAACAGACUGGACAAGCUGGUAGAGAAGGCCAGUCACGUGGUGGGAAUGGAGCUGGACUCUCUGGCAGUGGGGUCAGAGAGGAGAAGUCUAGCAAAACUCCUAGCCAUUAUGAACAACACCUCCCACCCACUACACUCGGACCUUGCGGAGAGAGUGAGCACGUUCAGUGGAAGGCUCAGACUCCCAAAAUGCAACACGGAACGACACAGGAGGUCCUUCAUACCGACAGCCAUCAGACUGUAUAAUGCAUAUGUUCCUUCUUGACUGCACUUAAAUGUAGAAUAUAUGUAGAAUAUAUUUAUAUUAUUCAUAUAUUAUACAUUACAUAUAUAAUAUAUGUCAUAUAUUAUUUAUUAUUAUUAUUGUUUAUUAUGAGCGAACUGUGGUGCUGAAUAUCCCCGAGGAAUCAAUAAAGUACUUUCUA